AUGCUAGGUCCGUCCGCGACAGAGACGUCGGGUCACAUUGGUGCCCGGCGCUCUGGCGCGGCGGCGGGCUUCGUGCAGGUUGGCGGGCUCGCCGCCCACGCGUGCUUCGGCGAGCAGCGGCGCGGGCGCAACUUUCGGGCUGCGUGGGCCCCGCUCGCGCGCGAGUCCUUGGUCAAGGAGGCGCCCGCGGUGCGCGUUGACGUCGCGCAGCGCCUGGAGGAGAUGGAUCUCCAGGGGCCCCCUGCGACCCUGUGGCCCAGGCCGGGCGCGCGCGCGGCGUGGGAUCGGGCGCGCCGUCUGCGCGGCGGUGUCGGGUGCGCGCGAGUCGACGCCCUGGCGGGCGAGGUCGCGAAGCUGGAGUGGAUGGGGCUGGCCGGUCCGAUCGCGCGCGCGGACCUGCGCGAUUGGUCGCCGUUGGGCGUGCCCUCUGCUGCCGGCGCCAACGCGCUUGCGCGGGGCGAAUGGCGCUUGGCCUGCGAUGCCCCGCGCGCGCCCAGCGCGGUGAGCCUCGCGAUGUUGCCUUUCGGCAUCCUGCGAGUGGGCGUGGACGCGCGCCCGGGCGGCCGCGGGGCCCACUCCGGCAUGCUCUGUGACGAGGGCUGCCGCGAGGAUUGGGCCGGAGAGGCAAGCGCGGGCGCGGUGGACUUCGCGGCGCGCGCUUUUCCCGCGCGCGCGGGGGGUGGGCGCGCCGCUCAUUGCCUGCGCCCGACGGGCGUGGCGGCGCUGAGGCUCUGCCCCGAGCUGCUGCUGGGGGGCUCGUUGCCUGAGCGCGACCGCUGCGUCGAUUCGGUCGCGAGGGGCGACGUCUUCUCGCUCGCCUGGGCGAGCCCGCCGGGCUGGCGCGACGCCUCAAUGCCUCGUGCAGCGCAGAGUUCUGUGACGACGUGUUUCUUUAAACGCGCCCGCGCUGGCGAGGGCGACGCCCGCGGCUGGGCCAACCGGGCCCGUGCUGGCUCUGGUGAUGACGCCAACUUGCGUUUCUUGCAGUUCGCUUUGGCGUCGCUGGUGCCGCCCGCGCCCUCGCGCGCGACGUUGGCCGCGCGGCGUCGGCGUGCCCGCGCGCGGCAAUUCAUUGCGCGCGUGGUCCGCGCUCUGCUCGGUGGCGCGGCGAUUGCGGACCGCGAGACAGCGUGCGAGCGCCCCCUUGUUUUCCUGGGCCUGCAGAUCGCGGCGCCCGCCCAGGGCGCGCGCGCUCGCGUCGGGCGCGCGCGCCCUGGCCCGCGCUGCCCGGUUGAUCGCUGGGGCUUCCGCGCUCGCCCAUCCGCGGGCGGGCGCGCGAGGUGGCUCGAGCGGUUUCGCGCCGCCCUGGCAGCGAAGGUGCUGGCCGCUGAGCAUCUCCGCGGUCAGAGCGCCCCGCGCGAGUUUAAGGCGCCGCGCGCCCUCCGUGCUUGCUUGGCGAGGAUUCUGCUGUUGCGCGACCGCGUCAGCCCGCGCCCCUGGCUCUUCCUCCCGCGAGGCGCGGCCGCCUUCCGGAGGCGCUACGGGCCGCGCGUCUGGAGGCCGCGCGUGCGACGGCCCUCGCGGGCGGGGCUCCGGCAUCCUUCUGCGCGUGGCCCAGCGCCCCGCGCAAUUAGUUUUCCGUUCGCCGGCGGGGUUCUCGGCGAGCGCGACGACGACGUGCUGCCGCCCCCCCCGCCUGAGCUCGCGCGGUGGGCCGCGCAUUUUCACGGCCGCAAAAGGUUUGGCAAUUGCGAGGCGCGGGUCCUCAAGGCCUGCAGGCUAUUGCGCCGUGACUACAGUGCUUUCGACGGCGCGGGGGCGAGUGGCGCGCGCGCCGCCGCGCUUGAGCGCCUGCGCGACGAGCCGGCGCCGAAGCCCGCGAUCGACCAUCGGCUCUUAGUCGACGUGUUCGGGCGCGCCCCCGACGAGGCCGCCGGGCGUCUUUUCGUCGCGGCUCUCGCGUUCGUUCUUAGAGUGCCGCCAGUGGGCCUCGGAGUCGAAAAGGGAGACCCCCGCGUGGCCGCGUCCUUCUCCUGGUCUGACGAGGAUUGUCGCGCGCGCAAGGUGGGCGCCGUGCCGUUUGCGCACCUGGUGAGCGGGUGCGUGCCCGGCUUGGUGCGGCGGCUCGCCCAGCGAUGGGGCGCUGGCAGCCUCGCAGGGGCGGUCGCUACAGGGCGGGCGCUGCGGUUGUGCCAGGCCCACGCGCUCUUUUGCUUCGCGGGCGCAGAGCCGCUCGUAGUCGUGCCGCUGCGCCUCCGGGUCGUGCUGCUGGCCCGCGCCUCGCGGCGCCUCGGGCGCGAAGCCCGCCUGCGCCUCGAGGUCUCCGCGUCGGCCGCCCGCUCCGCCCGCUCCGCCCGCUCCUGGUCCAGCGGCCCGUUCUCGUGCCCAGUGCUGCCCAAGCGGGGCCGGUGCUUCGCCUGCCGCCAUGCCGUGUCCGCGGAGCGCGCGCCUGACAGGCGCCGCGCGUGGCAGGCGACGCUCCUGCGCAGGAUCGCGCCUCCGCUCGGCCGGCUCCGCUGGACCACCGCCUCGAGGGCAGCCUCUGGCGGCUCCAUUCUGCCCACUUCCGGGCGCGCCGCCGUGCGCAAG